GUUGAUGAAUGGUGCUUCUUCUAUUAGUUGUAUGGACAAUAUUUUUAAAAGCAUUUCAAGUAUGAGUGUCGGAAGACACCUCAAGUCCCAAGAGAUCAAAGAUAUGCUGCUUAAACCUCAUUUUGAGCAGCAGUAUUCUUCAAGACACCAGCUGUUUCCUUUAAAAGGCAUCUCGACUACACAAAAAGUGAUCAACUCUUCUUAUCAACUCAAAGAUCCAAGGUCAAAUGAACAAUUACUACGACCAUCUGGUAUCUUUUUUGUGACCGAUGAUCUAAUCGUAUCCCCAUCAUCAUCACAAUUGGCCAUGAAUACUCUUGCAAAGUAUAAAGUUACAUUGAAUGAGAUUGAAAAGUAUGAAAUAAGCAUUGGCUUGGAAGAGGGUUUAAGAUUGCUGAAAACAACGCUACGAUCUAGGUCGACUUUAACAAGCAUUCUUGAACAUCAACUGAAGAAGUGAACUUUG